CCUACUCAUCACAAAAUAACAGCAAACUCGUGUUCAGACGGCGCGGCCAGGGCUAAGUUGCAUCUUUAUGUAAUGGUAAAAAAGCAGCCGCGAUUUUGGUCAGUGAAAUUUAGAGAGACUAUACCUUUAGACUAUCCCGUCCUACACAAAUUGUCAGACAGAAACUGAGCAACUUCAGCGUUUUCUAUAGGAUGUCGCGCCGCAAGCAAGCUAAACCAAGAUCACUGAAAGUAGAAGACAAUGUGACAGAGGACCAGCACAGUCCUGGGCAGACUGCCAUUCCAAGCGAUCCAGAGUGCGCCCUCGAGAGGGCGGCGGAGGAUGGUGAGACCGGGCAUCUAAGGAAGAGGCUGCUCUCUCCAGAGGAAGGAGAGGAGGGAGAGGAGGAGGACGAGGAGCCUGCACUGCACAGCUGCGACAGCUGCCGGCAGGUGUUCGAGUCGCUGAGCGAUCUCACCGAACACAAGAUUAAUCAAUGCCAGCUGACAGACGGUGCUGAUCUUGAGGAUGACCCAUCGUGUUCUUGGCCAGCGUCAGCUCCCUCCAGUAAGGAUCAGACUUCUCCAGGACACUGUGAGGACUAUGAUUUUGGCGAGGAAGAAGGGGGCCCUGGCCUGCCAUACCCAUGCCAGUUCUGUGACAAGUCCUUCAGUCGUUUGAGCUUCCUCAAGCGUCACGAGCAGAGCCACGGUGAUAAGCUGCCUUUCAGCUGUACCUUUUGCAGCCGCCUGUUUAAACACAAGCGCAGCCGAGAUCGACACGUGAAGCUACACACGGGUGAUAAGAAGUACCACUGUGGAGAGUGUGACUCUGCCUUCUCCCGCAGCGAUCACCUCAAAAUCCACAUGAAAACUCACGCCUCCAACAAACCCCACAAGUGCCCUGUGUGCCGUCGAGGCUUCCUUUCCUCCAGCUCGCUCCACGGCCACAUGCAAGUACAUGAAAGGGGCAAAGAUGGCACCAGCUCAGGCUUUUCUAGAGCUGAUGAAUGGAAGCUGAAAGAAACCCGCAAAUGCAGCCGUUGCGAGGAAGGUUUCGAUGUCCCCGAAGAGCUCCAGAGGCAUAUCGCAGCGUGCCACCCUGAGUGUUCACCAUCAGAGGAUGGAGGCCUGGGUGCCACCCUGCAGUGCAUCUACUGCCAUGAGCCCUUCAGUGAUGAGGGCACCCUGCUGACCCACAUUGACCAGGCCCACAGCAGAGAUCGGAAGGGCCACACCUGUGCUAUCUGCUCAGAACAUUUUCUGUCUGUUGAGGACCUCUAUGCUCAUAUGGACAUCCACCAGCUCCCUGAAUCUAGUAACCAUAGUAAUAGCCCUUCCUUGCUGACUGUAGGGUACACCUCUGUGUCUAGUACCACUCCAGACUCCAACCUCUCUGUUGAUAGCUCCACAAUGGUGGAGACAGCGCCACCGGUGCCCAAGACCAGGGGAAGGAGAAAGAGGGCUGCACAGAACACAUCAGACAUGGGAGGACGUUCCUCUAAGCAGCCUAAAGUCUCUUACAGUUGCAUCUACUGCAACAAGCAAGUGUUCUCUAGUUUGGCUGUGCUUCAAAUUCACCUACGAACCAUGCAUCUGGACAAGCCAGAGCAGGCUCACACCUGCCAGUUUUGUUUGGAAGUUCUGCCUUCUUUACUAAAUCUGAAUGAACAUCUUAAGCAGGUCCAUGCAGAGGACCAUGCUGCCCUGUUAGCCAGCUUGCCUGAUGCCCUCCUUCAGUGUAACUUCUGCCCCGAGGUGUUAAGUGACCUAAGCCUCCAGGAACACAUCCGCUGCUCUCAUGGCUUUCCCAGUCCCGUGGCCAAGGAGAGCAAUGUUUUCUGCCCCCAGUGCUUCAUGGGGUUCUUGACAGAGGCUACCUUGGAGGAGCAUGUUCGUCAGACUCACUGUGAUGGGGGGAGCUUGCGCUUUGACUCCCCCUUGCUUGUAACUCCGAAGGAACCUAUCGUCGAAGUGUACUCCUGCUCGUACUGCACCAACUCCCCCAUAUUCAACAGUGUUCUGAAGCUUAACAAGCACAUCAAGGAGAAUCACAAGAACAUUCCACUAGCCCUAAACUACAUCAACAAUGGAAAGAAAUCCUUGCGCACGCUCAGCCCCUCCUCACCAAUAUCUGUGGAACAAGCCGUGCUGAAACAAGGCAGCUCAGCCUCCCGCGCCACCAGUGAGUUCAUAUGUAACCAGUGCGGCGCCAAGUAUACAAGCUUAGCUUUUCAGACUCACCUCAAGACGCAUCUGGAUGGUCUGCAGCCUCAGCUCACCUGUCCGCAGUGCAACAAAGAGUUUCCCAACCAGGAAUCUCUGCUAAAGCAUGUGACAAUUCACUUCACUAUUACAUCCACUUAUUACAUCUGUGAGAGCUGUGAUAAGCAGUUCACUUCAGUGGAUGACCUACAAAAGCACCUACUCGACAUGCAUACUUUUGUGUUCUUUCGUUGCACUCUGUGCCAAGAGGUGUUUGACUCAAAGGUUUCUACUCAGCUCCACCUGGCUGUAAAGCACAGCAACGAGAAGAAAGUGUACCGCUGCACCUCCUGCAACUGGGACUUCAGGCAUGAGACUGACCUACAGCUACAUGUCAAACACAGCCAUCUGGAAAACCAGGGCCGUGCCCACCGCUGCAUUUUUUGUGGGGAGUCCUUUGGCACAGAAGUGGAACUGCAGUGCCACAUCAACCAUAGCAAGAAGUAUAAUUGUCGCUUCUGCAGUAAGGCCUUCCAUGCCAUUGUUCUUUUGGAGAAGCAUUUGCGGGAGAAACACUGUGUGUUUGAAGGAAAGACACAGAACUGUGGUGCUAAUGGUUCUACUGUAAGUGGCGGGGAAAGCCAGCCUAAAGAAGACGCUGAGCUACAAGGUCUUUUAACUAACAGCCAUGGUUCAGGGGCAGUAGGUGGAUCUGUGGUGGAGUCCCACAACAGCCAUGAUGGAAGUGAGGAAGAGGUGGACACUGCAGAGCCCAUGUAUGGGUGUGACAUAUGUGGGGCAUCUUACACUAUGGAGUCACUCCUCACCAACCACCAGCUGAGAGAUCACAAUAUACGCCCUGGUGAGAGUGCCAUGGUAAAAAGAAAAGCUGAGAUGAUCAAGGGUAACCACAAGUGCAAUGUUUGCUCCCGUACCUUCUUCUCUGAGGCUGGGCUGAGGGAACAUAUGCAGACCCACCUUGGGCCUGUCAAACACUACAUGUGUCCCAUCUGUGGGGAGCGCUUCCCUUCGUUGCUCACCCUGACAGAGCACAAGGUCACCCAUAGCAAAAGUCUGGACACAGGGAGCUGCCGCAUUUGUAAGAUGCCACUGCAGAGUGAGGAGGACUUCCUGGAGCAUUGCCAGAUGCACCCUGACCUGAGGAACUCCCUUACAGGUUUCCGCUGUGUUGUUUGCAUGCAGACGGUCACCUCCACGUUGGAGCUCAAGAUCCAUGGUACUUUCCACAUGCAAAAGACAGGCACUAUGUCUGCAAACCAACCAAUGGGCCGCAGUAAUGUCAUCUCUCACAACCAGCAGCAACACUGCCAAAAACUUUUCAAGUGUGCCUCCUGCCUAAAAGAUUUUCGGUCCAGACAAGAUCUGGUGAAGCUGGACAUCAACGGACUGCCUUAUGGACUGUGUGCGUCCUGCGUGACGGCUGCUGGCUCCAAGAGCUCCAGCCCAACAGUGAAUGGAGGAAUGGCAAACAGCAGGCAGCAGGGGGGAGCCACCACUCCAGCAACAACUACAGCCACAUGGGUCCAGGGGAGAGUUCUCAGCCCUGGAGAUGGGAAAGGCCAAAGGUGUUCUUCAUCAUCCUCAUCCUCUUCCACAUCGUCCUCAUCUGCAGCCAAGACACGAUGUUCCAGCUGCAUUGUGAAGUUUGAAUCCGAGGCAGAGUUGCAAAAUCAUGUCCAGACAGUGCAUCGGGAACAAGCUGGGGAUAGCAACAGUGGACAGCUCAAGACCCCCCAGGUGUCUCCCAUGCCCAGAGCCAGUCCCUCGCAAACUGAAGAGAAGAAGACAUACCAGUGCAAAUGUCAGAUGGUGUUCUACAGUGAAUGGGACAUCCAAGUUCACGUGGCCAACCACAUGCUGGAGGAAGGAUUGAACCAUGAAUGCAAGCUCUGCAGUCAGUCAUUCGACUCACCAGCGAAGCUUCAAUGCCACCUGAUUGAGCACAGCUUUGAGGGCAUGGGUGGAACCUUCAAGUGUCCGGUCUGCUUUACAGUGUUUGUCCAGGCCAAUAAGCUCCAACAGCACAUCUUCUCUGCCCACGGACAGGAGGAUAAGAUCUAUGACUGCUCACAGUGCCCGCAGAAGUUCUUCUUCCAGACAGAGUUACAGAACCACACGUUGACUCAGCACAGCAGCUAACAUGGCAAAGCUCAGCGCCGUGGCCAAGAACAAGGAUCACAUGACGCACAGAAUUAUGUCUGACCGCCAAUUACCGUCAGUGCAGUUUCCCACUGACUGUCUUGCACUGAAAUUUUCAGUUACACCACAAGAAACCAUGCCACAGCAAGAAAAAAGCAAAGCAAAGCAAAGAAAAUAAAAGAAAGAGGGGGAAAGAACAAAAAAGAAACCUCUCAGUAGGCCUACUUUACUAACCAUUAUUUCAGAAAUAAAGAAAAAGCCAACUUGUUUGUACAUAGACUUCUUCAUGUGUUGCUUAACUACAGCUAUAUUGCAAUCUUAUACAGUAUUUGCCGAUGUACAGUUCAAAAUGUUUGU